AUGUCCUCAACGCCCCGUCUAGAACCAUUAUGCAGGCGCUGCUCCACGAUUCCCCUCACUCCCGACGCGCAAAAAGCAGGGAUCGACAAUGUGGAGUUCGAGAGCAGAGGCGGAGUAUGGCUGCUCGGGCCUGGUACGAGAGUUCAGAACAGAAACUGCCCUUUUUGCAAACUGGUCACCCGUGCGUUCAGCAUUCUAUACCAAACAGACGCAGCGAAGAAGGAGACGGCGUUCUCAAUGAGAGAGGCCGUUGAGGUUCUGGAAUUCCGAAGAAGCGGCCCAGGAGGUCGCAGAGGGUUUACCAUCGACGGAGCAACAUUGCAGAACUGGAUCUGCCAGGUCGAAACCAUACCCAUCUUUGAUGUCGGCCGUCUUUCGAAAUGGAUAUCAGUUUGUUCGGCGUUUCAUGGAGAAAAUUGCUCCGUCAUCGCACAGGACUUCUCCACAGCUUUUCCUGGACUGUUUGUAUUGCGACUUAUCGAUAUCCAGGAAGAAUGCCUCGUGGAGCUGCGGACAGUUCCACAGUACGUUGCACUCAGUUACGUAUGGGGUGAAGUGCCUAGUGUCCGGCUUUCGGCGGCCAAUAAAUCCCAGUUGCUGCGACGUGGAGGCCUCAAAUCGGCGUGGAAUGCUUUGCCACGAACCAUUACGGGUGCGUUCGAGUUAGUACGGAGGCUCGGAGCGCGAUACCUUUGGAUCGACGCCUUGUGCCUGUUGCAGAACGAUCCGACGGACCUAGACCGCGGUGUCAACGUCAUGGAUCGGAUUUAUGAGUUGUCGUGGUUGACUAUCGUGGCCGCCUGCGGACAUAAUGCUGACGCUGGCUUACCGGGCAUCGGGGAAGGAAGCCGGUCUGAGAUAAAUACGGCAUUUCCCAUCGUGGAAGGCGUAUCUAUGGGGAUAUAUGUUCCCCUCGAUAGACUUUUGAAGUGUUCGGUCUACUCCACGAGAGCUUGGACGUUUCAAGAACAGGUAUUAGCGCGACGUAUCGUCUAUUUUAUAGACAAUAAGGUCUUUUUUCGUUGUAGAAAGGACGUGUACGCAGAACAACUCGUCGAUCGCACCGUUCAACCAUGCGGCAAUAGAUUGUUAGAUGAAUCUCGGACAUCGAUGCUUCAUCUUGCGGCAAACCUGGAGACACCAAUAUACGACUUUGUAGCCAUGCUCGUGUACUACACCCAAAGAGUCUUGACGGACCAGAAUGAUGUACUCCGUGCGGUGGCGGGCAUAAUUCGGAGGGUAUCUGACAAAGCAAAAUGUCUAUUCUUCCAAGGAAUCCCGACUGCCGCUUUCGACGCGUUCCUGAUAUUCACCGGUGCGAGCAAUCCACUACGUAGGCGCCGGGGAUUUCCGAGUUAUACAUGGGCUGGGUGGAGGGGACGAAUACUUAACACACCUGCGGGUGUGCGGCUGUUUGUUGACAUCAAUAAGUGGCUGUUGGAAGAGACGUGGAUCGUGUGGUACAAAAGGAGUCCCUCAGGCGCCGUCAGUCUUGUCUGGGACCCCUCGGCAAACGAAGCCUUCCCGUUUGAGGACCCCGGCUUCGAAGGAUAUAGGAAACGACAGCAAUUCCAGCCGCCAGAGGGUUUAUUAGGCGGAAUUUCGGUGUCCAGAACACACCCCACGGAAAACUUGCACUACCCGCUCCCCAGGCUUGGCUAUCCCUUGUUGCAGUUCUGGACUUUGUCAUUGAACUUCAAGCUUCGAGUGAAAGAUAUAUUUGUGGGAGUAGCGUCGAUUGUGGCUCGAUACGGCAACGUGGCGGGUGAGACACGGCUGGAUGCAUUGGACGAGACGUCAAUACAUGAAUCUGAGGGGCCAUUUGAGUUUGCCCUGCUCUCCGGUGCCUGGAUGUGGGCGCCUUCUCCAAAAUCCGGUUCAGAAAGCCUACAGCCGAGAUACUUCGUGAUGCUCCUCGAAUGGGAUGGUCCAAUUGCUGAACGGCGAGGAAUAGGAUGGAUUGAUAGAUCGGCGGUUGAAGAAGGUUUCGGUCCUGGACCGGAGUGGAAGGAGUUUAUCCUCAAGUGACACGCUAUUAUUUAUACCAUUGGAUACAUAUUGAACUAGGAUUUAAUCCGUUUCCUUUGAGCAACGGAUUCUUGAAUAACGAGAUCUAAUUAUAUCAGCUUCAUGUUGUAAACUUUCAUUAGGACAGCUGGAGACUUCGCAUUAGCUCGAGGUGUUAUAGUAGUGA